UUUAGGUCACUAGGUGAAUACUGUUCCAAAAUAUCAGUCUUUUUUAUAAAAUAAAGAAAAGAAAUUUCAUCCUCAUCACUCUAUCUUCCUUUCCUCUCACUGAGAUUUCUGAUACAAACUCUCAGUCUACACUCUCUUCUCUUUACCUUUCCCAUUCCCUGCAUCUUUUCUUCCCCUACUUCUUUUCAGCUUUCACCAAUAACUGUCCUUAAUUUUCUUAGCUCAGUUCCCUAGAGGAAGAAAAAAUAAACGAACUCUUUAGUAAGUAUAAAAGGUAUCAUUCCAAAACUAUGGACAUUGACCUAUUAAAGUCCACACCAGAUGACCAAAUUGAGAUGAUGUUAAUGACGAUGCACAUGGAUAAGACCGCUUCCGACACCAGUGGUGGUUCAUUCAUCGACACCGCAAUGAUGUCAUUUUCCUGCGCUGCUGCUGGUGGUGGUGGUAGUGGUAGUGGGAGCUUGCCGCAACAUUUUAAUGCUCAAGAUCACAUACCCAACUCACCAACUAUGCUAAGUCCACAGACAACUAUAUCUUUCUCCAACAACAACAACAACAACAACAACAACAACAACAACAACAAUAUUCCUUCCACUUUAUUAUCUAGUUCUUUUGCUUCUUAUAGUAAUAAUAAUAGCAUUGAUAAUGCAAGUUCUUUUCCUGCUUCUGGUACCUCAUCGUCAUCACAAAAGCAAACAUCAAUGGCAGCGAUGCGAGAGAUGAUCUUCCGAAUAGCAGCGAUGCAGCCGAUCUACAUCGACCCGGAAGCAGUGAAGCCGCCUAAGAGGCGAAAUGUUAGGAUUUCUAAGGACCCGCAGAGUGUUGCAGCCCGGCAUAGGCGAGAGAGAAUCAGCGAGAGGAUAAGAAUCCUGCAAAGACUUGUUCCUGGUGGCACAAAGAUGGACACUGCUUCAAUGUUGGACGAGGCUAUUCACUACGUCAAGUUCUUGAAGACUCAGGUGCAGUCACUAGAGCGAGCUGCUAUUAAUAGGCCUCCCAUUCCACCGGCUUCGGCGGGGCUAGGCUUUCCUGUGGCUAUGUCAAGCAGCAGUGGUUAUUUUCCGGUGACAUCUCACAAACCUAGUAAUUAUUCUCUUGCGGUUCAACCUCAUAUGAAUGCUUCACACCACAAUGUCCAGCAGUUUUCGGAUGCAUAAAUUUGACAUCGAAUAAUGAGAGAGGCCGGCCAUUUUAGCAAAUACUCCUUAGAGUUUUUGAUUCUGAAUCUAAUCUUUGUUUCUUUUCAUUUUUAGUUAUAUGGGUAAUGCAUUGCUGGUUUGAAGGAUAGAGAGUUGUAAAGACUAAAGAGAGUGAAAAACUCAAAGGAAUUGGUGGAGGAUGGGAGGAGGUUGUAAAGUGAGCAAGUUGUAAAUUAAGGAACUGUUCCAUUGAAAUUGGUAGUAGCACUUUGAUUUUUCUUAUGCAUGAAAUAACAAGUUACAAGUAGCAUGUCUAAUACGCUUGUACUAGACAAGGAGGGUUAGGCAACGCUUUGUUGGUUCUUUUGGUGCACUGUUACACGCAUGUUGGUUAACUUGGUAUGAGUUAUUAGUAGAUUGUUGUUUGUUUUCUCCA